GUGCUGCUCUCUCCCUCUCUCUCUCUUUCUCUCUCUCUCUCUCUCUCUCUCUCUCUCACUCUCUCUCUCUCUCUCUCAGUGUAGACGGUCAGGAUGAUGGCAGAGGCCAGUAUUUCAGUAGAUCAGGACCAGUUCAGCUGUCCAGUCUGUCUGGAUCUGCUGAAGGAUCCCGUGACCGUUCCCUGUGGACACAGUUUCUGUAUGGUGUGCAUUAAUGGCUGCUGGGAUCAGGAGGAUCAGAGGGGGGUCUACAGCUGCCCCCAGUGCAGAGAGUCCUUCACUCCGAGGCCUGUUCUACGCAGAAACUACUUUAUAGCUGAAAUGUUGGAGAAACUGAAGAAGACAGAAGUCCAAGCUGCUCCUCCUGCUGGAUCUGGAGAUGUGGAGUGUGAUUCCUGCACUGGGAGGAAACGCAAAGCUGCACAAUCCUGUCUGACGUGUCUGGCCUCCUUUUGUGAAGAUCAUCUUAAACCUCACUAUGAAAUUCCUCCUUUAAAAAGGCACAAGCUGGUCAAAGCAUCCACACGACUACAAGAGAAGAUCUGCUCUCAACACGACAAACUGAUGGAGAUCUACUGUCGCACUGACCGAAGCAGCAUCUGCUAUUUGUGUACAAUGGAUGACCACAAAGGCCACGAUACAGUCUCAGCUGCAGCAGAGAGAACCCAGAAACAGAGGGAGCUGGAGGAGAUGCAGAGAGAAGUCCAGCAGAGGAUCCAGGAGAAACAGAAGAAGCUGCAGGAGCUGGAACAGGCUGUGAACACUCUUAAGCGCUGUGCUCAGACAGCAGUGGAGGACACUGAGAGGAUCUGGACUGAACUGAUCUGCUCCAUUGAGAAAAAGCGCUCUGAGCUAACAGAGCUGAUCAGAGCUCAGGAGGAGGCUGAACUGAGUGCAGCUGAGGAACACCUGGAGAAACUGGAGCAGGAGAUCGCUGAUCUAAAGAGGAGAAACACUGAGCUGGAGCAGCUUUCACUCACAGAGGAUCACAUCCAUUUCCUCCAGAGUUUUCAGUCUCUGAGCGUCUCUUCUGGAUCUGAGGACUCCUCCAGCAUCUCUGUCCAUCACCAUCUCUCAUUUGAUGGAGUGAGGAGCGCUCUCUCUGAUCUGAAGGAGAGACUAGAGGAGUUCUGCAGAGAGGAGUUCAGGAAAAUCCCUCCACAGGCUGCAGCAGCUCCAUUACUACUCUCAGAACCAAACAGCAGAGAAGAUUUUCUACAGUAUUUCUGUCAGCUGACUCUGGAUCCUAACACAGCGAAUCGUUACCUCAGUCUGUCUGAGGAGAACAGAGUGGUGGAGAGGAGUAAUGACGGCCAGAGUUACUCUGAUCAUCCAGAGAAAUUUGACAGGUCUCAGGUGUUGAGUGUGGAGAGUCUGAGUGGACGCUGUUACUGGGAGGUUGAGUGGAGUGGAACUGUGAACAUAUCAGUCUCAUAUAAAGAGAUCAGGAGGAAAGGACGGGGUGAUGAGUGUUUGUUUGGACGUAACAAUCAUUCCUGGAGUCUGUGCUGUUCUCCUUUUUCUUUUUGGUCUUAUUCUUCUCUCUAUUUCUUCCACAACAACAUUCAGACUGAUCUCCCAGAACGUCCAUCCUCCAGAAUAGGAGUUUAUGUGGAUCACAGUGCAGGAAUUCUGUCCUUCUACAGCGUCUCUGACACAAUGACCCUCCUACAUACAGUCCACUCCACAUUCACUCAGCCUCUCUAUGCUGGGUUCUGGGUUGGUGAUGGAUCAACUGCGAGGUUGUGUGAUAAAAAUGAUGGUGGUGAUCGUGACUCGUGGGCUGUGUGGCCUGUUUGACUGAGUUUCUGCUCUUAUCAUCUCUUUUUCCUCUCCUAAUUAUAUCUGAUCAGAGUCUAUUAAUAGUGAUUAUCCUCUAAUAAUCGCAGGCUUAUUACAUUCUAAAGCUUAUUAUUAUUCAUUAACUACAUGAACUACAGUGAUAACUGACUGAGUUAUUCUUAGGUUAUAGAAGUGUGUAAUAAAGGUUCGGAGCUGCUGGUCACCUACAAUCCACACAUGGAUGAUGGACUUUUUCACACUUUUCUAAUGAACAAGAAACCACUGAAACUACUGACCUGGAUUAGGUGACCAUUCAGCCUUCAGCAGUUUAGCCCCGCCCACUCCUGCUGAAAUGUUAAGAAGUGUUGUUACUGCACUUUCAGAACUUUUUUGAACGAGGCACCAGGACAGUCAAUCAGAACAGAGCUCAUUUACAUGUAUCAGUCUUCAAGGCACAGUAACAAAAAUUUAUUUGUAAGAGAGGUUUGAAAAUUGUUACUAAGUAUGAUUAAUUAUAUGUCAACAUAAAAAUCAAAUAUAGUACAAAUAUAGAAUAUUGGCUGUUUAAGAUAAAUUUGUUGAGUCAUAAAUUUGUACAAACCUCACGGCUUGAUUACACCUUUAAACUUGAUCUGCUAAGGUAACAUAAAGCUGAUGUUACUAUACAGUCACCAUGACAACCAUCAUGAGCUCAUUACACUGAGAAUAGCAGUGUAGCUGUUAAAGCUAUUUGAGGUUAAAGUCUUCAGUAGAGAGUCUUCAAGGGUUAAAGUCAUUACACUCAGUGUUUUAGUGAAGCAGCUCCUCAGUGUGAACGUGACUCCCACAAUGCUGUGCUCACAUUUGUCUUUGUGAAUAUUGUCAUUUUUCAUAUAUAGUGUAUUUUUCUUCUCUGAAAUGUGGUGCAGGUUGUGUUUUAUCUGGGAGAUUAUAAUCAUACAUUUAUCAUCCUCAUGAUAAUGUUUAUUCAGAAAUGAGCUGCAGAGAAACUCUAUCUUAGAGAAUCUGCUUGCUGUUCUUAUUCAGCACCAGCAGGGGGCAGUGUGAGGAGAGGGUUUUCAUUAAGAUGAACGUUUUGUCAAGAUGUAAGUUUCUGAUUGAAAUGAGGAAACUAAGCCUCGCUGAGGGUCGCUGGCUAAUGGCCCCAUCACACAUCUUUAGUUAGAGAGCUGAUGUUAGCGCUGGACACACAUUUCCCCCACUGACCGAUGAUUCUUAUUGUUUUAUUAGCUUUGAUCUGAAACUGUUUUUAUUUGUUUGUAAAAGAAUGUCUAAUAAACACCUGCAGAGAA